UUUAUUUGUGAACACGUGCUUGUUUAUAAUAAAAAUUAAAAUGUUUCAAUUUUGAAUAUUGUUAGAAAUUUGUUAAAAGUAAUAUUUACAUGAUCUAAGUGAUUACCUCAUUUGAAAAAAAUGAAUUUACUCAAAGAGGAAGAAGAAAUAAGUGAAAACUCUUCUGAUGAUAAUUUCACCGAUGAAGAAUCGACGCAACAGCCCCCAAAUAAACGCAAAUCAAAGGAUGACACCACCGGUAAAUUAAAAAAGGUGAAAUACGAGGACAUAACCUCAAAGUCAGAAAAGCCGAAAAAUGAGCUUUACAAGCCCCCCACGGUAGAGGAAUUGAACGAUUUAAAAGAGACACAGAAUUUGUACAAUAACAAUUUGUUUCGUCUACAAAUUGAAGAAUUAAUCAAGGAAGUAAAAAUUAAAAACAAACAUAGAAAUGCGUUUCAAGCUUGGUAUCACUCUUUUCAAACUUUGUUGAGUGAAUUGCCAGAAUUUAGUGUUUUAUUAUCCGAUAUUAAGACAAAAAAGAAGAAAAAGUUGUCAGAAGUCGACAAAUUUGUUAACGGAAUUGCAAACGAGGCCCUGAAAAGCGAUCAGGAUUUCACUGUGAAGUUUACAAAACCUGAAAAAAGCGAAUUUUUUGGUUUAGACGCAAUAAAUGCCCUGCCGGGCCCCAAACUGCGCGUGAAUGUUAAUCUAACAAUGCCUCGAGAAUGUUUCAACGUUAAAGACUACCUAAAUAACAGAUAUUUUGUAAAACGUUAUUAUUUUCUUGCUUAUGUCUCCUAUUACAUAAAAGAAAAAAAUCUAACCGGCGAGAUUGAGUGGAUUUAUCACAAUAAUAACAAGCUUUUACCGGUCCUGCAAAUUAAACUGCAUGAAAAAAUAGCAAUUAAAAUUUUUGCGACCCCUACCGAUAAUUACUUCAAACUUUCGCGCUUCUUGCCGGACAUAAACAACGUUAAAGUCGAUGUUUUCAACGUGGGGGCUAUCACCGAGGCUUCGACAAUCUACUACAAUGCUUCGCUAGCCCACGAUGUCACUCUGAGUUUAAACAAUUCAUUUAUUCGGGACAUUUUGUCUGAAUUGACAAACGCGCAAGAAGCAGUCAAAUUGAUUUAUGUGUGGCUGGUGCAAAGGGGGCUCAAUGAGGGCUUGGGGGCCUUCACCGAAGAACUGAUGCUCUAUUUCAUCACUUAUUUAUUCACGAAGAAGAAAAUCAACAAGUACAUGAGCUCGUAUCAAAUCAUUCGGAAUUUUUGGAAUUUUAUCAGCGAGUCAGAUUUGAGUAAAACUCCUCUGAGUCUGAAUGAUGACUCAAAACAGGAGGUUUUGGAGUCGUUUAGGGAAAAUUUCGAUGUGGUGUUGUUGGAUCGGAGUGUCAGUUACAACGUUGCCGCGUUUCUCAAUUUGCAAUUUUAUAAAAAAAUAAAAAAUGAGUGCGAAAUUGCUUUUAAACUUCUCGACGAUGGGGGCAUAAAUUCGUUUCAUUCACUUUUUAUCACUAAAUUACCACCCGAGCUUCAGUAUGAUUUGCUUCUCAAUGUUAAAAGUGACAAAAAUUUCGAUAAAAUUGUCGAAAAAAUGAGUAACAAGGACCGGAUGACAUUUUCUGGACACUUUGAACUAUUCGUUGUAAAAUAUAUACAGGGUGUGUUAGAAAGAGGGUUAAACAAGAGAGCCACACUUAUCGUCCCACUUGUGAAACCAAGUCAACUUGAUAAAAUCUCAUUUGGGAUUAAUUUAGACCAAAGUACUGCUUUCCACAUUUUGGAAAAAGGCCCCGCCCUCAAUGACCCCCAAGAGAGGGAAUUUAAGGAGUUUUGGGGGAAAUUGGCCACCGACCGGCGGUUCAAAGACGGUUCCGUGUGCGUCGCUGUUUAUUUCGAGACUGAAACAAUCAAACAAAGGCGGGAAAUAAUUAAAACCAUUGUUGAUUGGGUCGUUUCCAAAAAACUCGGCUUGGAAUACAAGCUUCACUACGACGAGUUUGAAGAGCUAUUGGUUAAUAGGAAAGUGGCCGCCCCUUAUCCCACGGGAACCAAUGAGGAUUGUUGCUUGCGAGCAAUCGCAGCGAGUGACGAUUUAGGGAAAAAAUUACGAAGUCUCGAAAUGCCGUUAACAAUCACCGGAGUUCAAGGAAUUUCCGAUAUUUUUAGUUUCACAGAGGUUUUCCCCCCGAUUUCCACCAAUUACAGAAGCGGAAGUCUCGUAACUCCGCCCUUGGAAAACAAUAUUGUCCUCAAUGAGAAAAAACGCGGGAUUGUCCCAAGAUACGUCAAGCCCAUCGAGUGUGUCUUGCAAUUAGAACAUAGUUCAAAAUGGCCGAAAAACCUCACCGCCAUUCGCCACAUGAAAACCGCCUUCUAUUUAGAAAUCUCGAAACAGUUAUCCAAGAAGCACAAGAUUGUCUCGAGUGUCAAACCCGACUUUUUCGACGUUUUGUACGAAGGUUACGUCUUCAGAUACCGUCUGUAUCUCUCGCGGGAGGUGGGGCUUCUCAAACGCGAAUCGACCAAUAACGGCGUGACAACAUACAAAGACACGCCCACAAGCAGGGAGAUGGAAAUGACACUGAGUGUUUUACCACGUGUGAUGGGUGCCCUUAAGGGCAUCCAGUCGCAAUUUCCAAGCUACGGCCCUAGCACAGCCCUGAUAAAGCGAUGGCUAAGGUCACAACUCAUCGAUAAUUACCACUUCCCCGAUCACGUGAUUAACUUAUUAAACGCGUCGUUGUAUCUCCACCAAUCAUCAUGUGGGGCAGCGGCCACGCCCCAAAUCGGAUUUUUGAGGUUCCUGAAGUUUUUUACAGAGCUUCAGUGGGAUAUUCAGGCGAUUGUGGUCAAUUUUAACAAUGAAAUCACAAAAGAGACACUUGCGGAAAUCGACUCAAAACUCCUCCAAAAUCGCGAAGCUUGUCCCGAUUUGGUUAUAGCGAUGCCCUACGACGGUUGCGAGUCCCUUUUUACCAAAAAAGGGCCCUCUAAAUUGAUUUUGAGGAGGGUCAAACAGCUUGCAAGUGAGACUUUAAAUUGUUUUGGGCAAAUCAUCAAAGAGGAGAGUUUUAUUUCAAUCAAAAGUUUAUUUAUUCCGAAUCUUGAGGGUUACGAUAUUAUUAUUUAUUUGCGCCCCCUUUUAAACCCCGUACGGCACGAGCAAGUGUCUGGGGACGGUAGUGAAGGACAAAUUGUGUUAGAAGAAUUUAAUAAAAAUGAAAGCACGAAAAUUCCAAUCACUGGAUUUAAUCCGAUUCAAUUGUAUUUAACCGAAUUGCGCAAUAAUUAUGGAAAUUUCGCAAAUUUUUUCCAUGACAGUUACGGAGGAAAUUUUAUUGGGGUUUUAUGGAUACCUAAAGCCUUAGAAAGUAGAGAUUUCAAGGUGUCUUAUGUAAGUGGACGAAAACUUGUUAAUGAAAAAUUAGAAUUGAAUGUCGACGCUUUGAUUGAAGAUUUUUAUAUAGUAGGAAAAGGCUUAGUCAAAUCUAUUGAUAAAAAGAAAUAAAGUUUUUUAAACAAUUA